AGUAGUAGCUUUUUUCAACAAAAAUCAAGUAACUGUAACGGAGGGUCCAAAAUACAACAUAUCUUCACUUGCCGAAAUUCUCGCUGUAUUUCCGAUCAGUCAAGAGCAUAGAGAUGUCUUUCAUUAUGGAGUUUGCUGAGAAUUUAAUCUUGAGAAUGAUGGAGGAUCCGGCUGAAAGGGAUCGUAAAUUCAGAGAGCAUACAUAUCAUAUGAAGGAACGUUGUGCAAAAACAAAGGAGAUGUGGAGUUACCCAAUUCGUCCUUAUGGUUUCUGGACAUUUGACCGCCACAAUGCUCAGAUUUUCUGGGAUGCUCAGAUUAGCCAAGUUGAAGGUCGUAGGGAUCCUUAUGAUGAUCUUCUUCAGGAACACCACACCAACUCAUCCUCUUCCUCCAAAUAAAUCGGCGGCUUUGCUGUAUUUGGCUACAACUAGAGUUGAAGCAGCAUCUGUUAUUGAAACUUUAGGAGUGUGAAGCCUUGAUGUGAAGGUUGUUUCUUAUGGAAUUUAAACGAACACUUUUGUUAAAUACACCUCUCUUUGUUGUUUCUCAGUUGUAUCAAAGACCAUUUUGAGCUAAGUCGAACUCUGUAAAUGUGAUGUCAUUGUGUGUCGUAUUAAAUAAAGAAAGUAUUCUGUAUCAA